UUUGACAGGACACUUUCACCCGGAACAACUUGCAGCCAGUUCCCAGAGAUCGCAAGGAGUCCAAAGGUGAUGUUGAGGGCUACUUUCAGGUGCCUUUGUUCUGGUCUUGUCUCAGGACGAAGAAGUAUGUCUCAGAGCAGCCUAACUGGAAAAGUAGCCAUAGUGACAGCCUCUACAGCUGGUAUCGGCCUGGCUGCAGCGCAGGCCCUGGGAAAGCGAGAAGCUCAUGUAGUGGUGAGCAGCCGGCGGCAGACUGGUGUGGACAAGGCCGUGGCACUGCUGCAGAGCCAGGACAUCCGGGUCACUGGGACCACCUGUAACGUCGGGAAGAAGGAGGAUAGGGAGAGACUGCUUCAAUUGACUCUGGAUCAGUGUGGCGGUGUCGAUAUCCUGGUGUCCAAUGCAGCAGUUAACCCAUUUUUUGGAAACCUUAUGGACACCACAGAGGACGUUUGGGACAAGAUUAUGUCCAUAAAUGUAAAAGCAGCCUUCCUCAUGACCAAGUUGGUGGUGCCUCAUAUGGAAAAGAGGGGAGGAGGGAAUGUUGUGUUUGUGUCAUCAGUGGCAGCCUACCAACCAAUGCAGGGCUUGGGUGCAUACAGUGUGAGUAAGACUGCCUUAGUGGGUCUGACCCGGGCGCUGGCCCCUGAGCUGGCUCAGAGUAACAUAAGGGUGAACUGCGUGGCCCCCGGAAUAAUCAAAACGAGCUUCAGCUCCGCGUUAUGGCAAAAUGACGACAUCAUGGAUGACUUCAAAAAGCAGCUGUGCAUUAAAAGAGCCGGUCAACCAGAGGAAAUAGGGGGCGUGGUUGCCUUCUUGUGCACAGAGGAGGCCUCCUACAUGACUGGAGAGACCAUCACAGUGACGGGUGGGAUGGGUUGUCGGCUGUGAUCCUUUGGUAGAUGCUUAUUAUUAUUAUUAUCCAUGAUUGGUGAUUUUUAUGGUUUAUCUCCUGUUGUUGGGAUCAGGGUUUUUUAUUUGUUAUGAUCAGCUUGACAUGACAUUUCUGUAUGGGUGGUUAUCAUAAUCAACUAGCAACAGUGCACAACUUUCGGGGACUGACAAGUUUAAAAUGGAAACAAGACUUAGCUGGAAAAACAUGACCACAUAAAGUAAAAUGUCUAUGGCCAUUUCUGUAAUGAUUAGAAACUUUAUUACACCUAUGCUAGCAUGUAGACCACAACCCGUAGGGGGCACCACAACUGCCAUUUACAGUCAUGGGAAAAAAAGAGUGUUGCAUUACAGCAUUCUGGUGCGCCCGCUGCUGAUUGCAAAAGUUCUUGCGCAAACUUUUUUGCCUGACAUUACCUACAGUAAUGUUUGUCAACCUUUUUUGAGCCACAACACGCUUUACAUUGGAAAAAUCUUGUGACACACCAUCAAUCAGCUACAUGUUAGCAUGGGGUGCUGGAGAGGCGAGGUACAUCCUGGACUGGUUGCCAGCCAAUCACAGGGCACAUAUAGACAAACAACCAUUCACACUCACAUUCAUACCUAUGGACAAUUUGGAGUCGCCAAUUAACCUAAUAAUCUAGUUUUUGGAAUGUGGGAGGAAACCUACGCAUGCACGGGGAGAACAUGCAAACUCCACACAGAGAUGGCUGAGGGUGGAAUUGAACGCGGCCUGCGUGGUAACCACUCAACCGCCGUGCAGCCCCGACUAUGACACAUUUGCAGAAAAUAUGUCAUUUUUAAAGUGAUAAUUCCUAAUGGCACAUCUGAUGAGUUCUCACGGCGUGGCUGAAAAUCACUGACAGAGUAUUACAUUUCAGUAAACUUUAUUCACAAGCACAAAUCUUAAAAAAACUGUAUGAGUCAUGAAAGCCACAUAUUUGAAAAAAUGUAUAGCAAUAUCAUAAAAUUGACGACAACUAAAUGCAUACAUUUAGACCAACACUUUUAGAAUAAUACAAAGUUCUGAAUAUAUUCUUUUUAAUAAUAA